AUGUCAGAGACAGCACACGAAUUCCCUAGCGAUCUCUUGGGCUCAUCGCAGGCUCUUCCUUUGGAUACAAUUCCACCUUCGACACCAGCCAACAUGGAGGUGGAUGCUCGUGGCGAUCAACAACAGGCACCUCCUCGUUCACAGGCACCUCGUGGCACUGGUGGCCUUGUCACUGAAAACAUUCCAAAGGUCGUUGAUGAGUUGGCCGUCAGUGUCAUGGAUGCAUUCGAAAAGUUCUUGGAGACUUAUCAGGAUGUCAACUCUUCGUUUGUGGACCAUACCCAAAGCAACUACAACGCCUUUCCUUACAUGUAUCAAUUGGAGAACUUGCAGACGCUCGAUAUGACCACCGUCUUUGUUGAUUUUGCCCAUAUUGAAAAUACGGAUUCGAGUAUGGCUGCUGCUCUUUUGCAACAAUAUUACCGUUUCAUGCCUUAUAUUCGUCGAGCUGUGCAAAAUGUAGUAAAGCGACGCUUCCCAGAAUACGCAUACGUCAACACCAACUCGACUGAACAAAACGUCGCCGGCGCCGUUUUACGUGAAUUCUCAGUGGCAUUUUAUGGUGUCCCUGAACUUUGUCGUGUGCGCCAACUCAAGACUGAGAAGAUUGGUCAGCUUAUCAGCAUCAGUGGCACCGUCACCCGUACAACUGAAGUGCGUCCCGAAUUGCUUUAUGGCUCUUUUACUUGCAACGAGUGUGGCAAGGUCAUGAAUGAUAUCGAACAACAAUUUAGAUAUACUGAGCCCGUUAUGUGCCAAGGUCUUCAAUGCUUCAACCGUCAACAUUGGACCCUCAACGUUGAACAAUCCCGAUUCGUUGACUGGCAAAAGGUGCGAAUUCAAGAGAAUGCAAGUGAAAUUCCUACCGGUAGUAUGCCAAGAAGCAUGGAUGUCAUUGUUCGUGGUGAAAUGGUGGAACGUGCAAAGGCUGGUGACAAGUGUAUCUUUACUGGUACUCUUAUUGUGGUUCCUGAUGUGGCCGCUUUCCGCACUCCUGGUACAUCCGUUGAGUCUCAAAGAGAUACAAGCACUCGUACUCGUGAAGGAAUGGCAAAUGAAGGUGUCACGGGUCUCAAGUCGCUUGGUGUACGUGAUUUGACCUAUAGAAUGUCAUUCUUGGCUUGUAUGGUACAACCUGCCAACACCAACAAGUCAUCUGCUGCUUUCCAUACUGAUGAAGCUGAGGAGACCCGUGAACAAGUAUUGGCCGAUUUUACACAAGCAGAAAUCGAUCGCCUCAAGGCUAUGCUCGAAUUGAAUCAGCAAAUUUAUCCCAAACUUGUCAACAGCAUUGCACCCAAUGUAUUCGGUCAUGAUACCGUCAAGAAGGGUAUUUUGUUGCAGCUUAUGGGUGGUGUGCACAAGGUCACGCCUGAAGGCAUGAAUUUGCGUGGUGAUGUCAACGUUUGUAUCGUGGGUGAUCCUAGUACAAGCAAGAGUCAAUUCUUAAAAUACGUUUGUGGAUUUAUGCCUCGUUCAGUAUACACCUCUGGUAAAGCUUCCAGUGCUGCCGGUUUGACAGCCGCUGUUAUCAAGGAUGAGGAAACGGGCGAAUUUUCUAUUGAGGCUGGUGCCUUGAUGCUUGCUGACAAUGGUAUUUGUGCCAUUGAUGAAUUUGACAAGAUGGAUAUCAAGGAUCAAGUCGCUAUUCACGAAGCCAUGGAACAGCAGACUAUCUCUAUUGCCAAAGCUGGUAUCCAGGCUAGCUUAAACGCCCGUACUAGUAUUCUCGCAGCAGCUAAUCCUGUCAGCGGUCGUUACAACAAGAAACUCACACUCAAGCAAAACAUCAACAUGUCGGCACCUGUCAUGUCACGUUUUGAUCUCUUCUUUGUUGUUCUUGACGACUGCAACGAUGUCACCGAUUACAACAUUGCACGACACAUUGUCAACGUCCACCGACUAAAGGAUGAUUACAUGGAGCCUGAUUUCUCAACUGAGGAUCUUCAACGAUACAUCCGCUAUGCUAGAACAUAUACACCCAAGCUUACACCUGAAGCUGCAAGUCGACUUGCCGAUUGUUAUCGUGAUCUUCGACAAGGCGAUACACAAGGAUUGACAAAGAACUCAUACCGCAUUACUGUGAGACAGCUGGAAAGUAUGAUUCGUCUUUCUGAAGCCAUUGCACGAGCUCAUUGUCGCGAGGAGAUCUCUGAAGCCUAUGUGGUGGAAGCAUACAACUUGUUACAAAAGUCCAUUAUUCGUGUGGAGCAAGAUGAAAUUGAUAUUGGUGACUUGAUGUAUGCCACAGACGACGUGAUGACCAGCACAGAGGCAUUGCAAGGAAUGCAAGGUCUUCGAAUCUCGGAUGAACAACAACAAGAGGAGAAUAGCAUGCAAACUGAUUCAGCACCUCAGUCGCAACGCAUUCGCAUUGAAUACGAGAAGUUUGUCCAAAUCAAGUUGAUGUUGGUGCACAAAUUACGUGAAGUACAAGCAUCGGCAGAGGAGCCUGUUCCUAUCCGACGAUCCGAAUUGGUACAAUGGUAUCUCGAACAGCAAGAAGAAAUGUUUGAAAGUGAGGAUGACUUUACAAGAGAAAAGACCAUCAUUGAAAGGGUUAUCAAGAAGCUCUCUAAGCCGGAACAAGAAACCUUCGUUGAAAUCCGUGAAGAUGCUGAAUACAUUGGUGGCGAGCUUAGCAAAGAUGACUCUGGAGAGUCUUCAGAAGAUGAUCCCACUAUCGUGCUUCACGCAAACUGCAUGGUGUUUGGCGACCAAUAG